AUGUUCAGUCUGUUCAGCCGUCAGACUGGCAGUGCUGAAGCUCAGGCGAUUGCUGAAGCACUCAGCCUGAACACCACGGCGACCUUGCUCAAGCUGAGUUGCAACCAGAUUGACGAUGCUGGAGCGCGCGCAAUCGCCGAGACUCUCAAAGUGAACACCAGGCUGACUGAGCUCCAUCUGUCAAGCAAUCGGAUUCGUGAUACUGGAACGCAGGCAAUUGCAGAGACACUCAAAGUGAACAAGACGUUGACUUAUCUCAAUCUGCUUUGCAAUGGGAUUGGAGCGCAGGCGAUUGCUGAGGUGCUCAACGUGAGCACGACACUGACGUCGCUCGAUGUGGGUUGGAAUUCCUUUGGCGUUAUUGGAGCGCAGGCGAUUGCCGAGGCACUCAAAGCGAACACGAGGCUUAAAGAGCUCAUUCUGGAAUCGAAUCAGAUCGGCCAUGCUGGAGCGCAGGCGAUCGCUGAGGCACUCAGAGUGAACAAGACGCUGACGAGGCUCGGUCUGGAAUUGAAUCAGAUUGGCGAUGCUGGAGCACAGGCCCUUGCUGAGGCACUCCAUGUGAACAGUACGCUGACAGAUCUUACGUUGCGGAGGAAUCUGAUUGGCGACGUUGGAACGCGCGAGAUUGCUGAUGCACUCAAAGUAAACACGACGCUGACUAAUCUCGAUUUGAGUUACAAUCAGAUUGGCGACGCUGGAGCGCAGGCGAUUGCUGAAGCACUCAAAGUCACUCAGACGAUGACUACACUCAGUCUACGCAACAAUUUCAUUGGCGAUGCAGGUGUUCAGUCGCUUAGGAAGGCGCAGACAGUCAACUGCAGGCGUUCACUUACUUUGGAUGACCAGAUAAACCCUCUUGCACUCUCCUUACUGCCGCGCUUCGAAACUGCUGAGAACACUCAGACCGUGUUCAACUUGCUGAUCAGCGGACCGGAGAUGAAGGAUCAAUUCGCGACUCUGCCCGCCCUGCCGGUCGAGAUUGCCGAACUCAUUAUGGACGAAGCGUCUUACUGGCAUGGCGCACAAGACGUCACACAGUUGCCAGUCAAUUCUAGGGCACUUACAGUGCCUCGGAACGUCAAUGGAGCGUCGAUUCGUGUGAAAACCAUUCAAGCGCUUCGUGACAGAAAAAUACUUCCCGACGACACGACGAAUAACGUUUUCGAUCUGAUUAUUCGAGAUGCGACAAAUGCCGUUCGAUACGAGUGUGCUGCGAAGCCGACAUUCGUCGAUUCGACCACGGAGCUUUUGACGAUCAGUCCGGCGAGUCAUCCCAUCAUCCGACAAAUGCGCGACGGUUGGACGGUUGAAAUUCAGCCAAGCAUGUCGAGCCAUACAGUGCGAUUCGAAUGGCUUCAUGUCGGAUACCUCUGACAACCAUAGAUGGCCGAUGCUCCAACGCCUUUUUCGAAUCCAGGUCUGGAUCGUUUCGUUGUUAAAUUUCUCAAUGUCCCAAAAUGCUGCACACCAUAAAAGUCAGUCCAUUCU